AUGACUGCUGUCGCAGCGCAUCGCAGCGCAUACCCUGGCCAGCAGCAGCAGCACGACCGCCAGCAGCAGCAGCAGCAGCAGCAGCAGAGCCAGACCGCGUCUUCGUCAUCCAGAGCUGCGUCGACACAUUCACGUCCGCACAUCGUUACCGAAGCUGCCGCCGCGCCUCCUCAACCCUCACGCACCGCGCGCGACAGCUCCCAUACAGCUGCCAUGCCUUCGCGCCUGGGCUCCUCAAAGAGUGCUCUCUCCUUGAAUACACCAAACCCUCCUGGCCAGACUCCGAAGUCGCGAGUUUCCGAGCCCCCAACCGGACACUUAAACAGCGCGACCGACGCCAGUUCCCCCAACGCUGCUGCGGGAAACAAGCACAAGCUGUCCAUUGUCACAUCCCAAGAUGACGCCGGUCACGACAGGCCCAGAAGGCCCUCAAAGCCUCUACUACUACGAUCCAAGAGCGAGCGUGCCGUGCGACGUGAAGAUCCCGAGCAGUCCGAAGAAGAGAUAUACGAAUGGGGCGCACGCCAUGGUUUCGAAGACCACUACCAGUCCGAGGACAUCAUCUCUCAACUAGUCAAUAACUGGUACAUGUACUUCACAGACAAACGACACGAGACGACUGGACAGCCGAAACAGUCGAACUACACGAUCGAAGAUUGGCGGAUGCGAGAUCGGUUAAAGACUGUUUCUGCUGCGCUGGCCGUGUGCCUCAAUAUAGGAGUCGAACCACCCGAUCAGUUGAAGACGAAUCCAGGCGCAAAGCUUGAGGCUUGGCAUGAUCCCUUUGUACCACCGGCGACAAAAGCUUUGGAGGCGAUAGGGAAGGCCCUCCAAAACCAGUACGAGAACAUCUCUCUUCGCACCCGCUACAAGCAGUAUCUCGACCCAUCUGUCGAAGAAACCAAGAAGUUUUGCAUGUCCCUCCGGAGAAACGCCAAAGACGAACGGGUACUAUUUCAUUACAAUGGCCAUGGAGUCCCCAAACCCACGGCUUCCGGCGAGAUCUGGGUUUUCAACAGAACCUAUACCCAAUAUAUUCCCAUAUCACUCUACGACCUUCAACAGUGGCUUCAAGCGCCCACCAUCUUUGUCUGGGAUUGUUCGGAAGCUGGUAACAUCAUCAGCAACUACCAUCGAUUCGUCGAGAAACACGAGGAGGAGGAGGAGGCACUCGCCGCCGCGGAUCCUAAUCACGAAAAGACAAAGUUCCGUUCUUACCUUCAUCUGGCAGCAUGUGCUGUGAAAGAGAACCUUCCAACAAAUCCCCUACUCCCGGCUGAUCUGUUCACCGCGUGCCUCACAACGCCAAUCGAGAUGGCCUUGUGGUUCUUCGUCUUGCAAAACCCCCUCAAGACGAAUCUAACGCCAGAACGAGCCAAGAAGCUGCCCGGCCGUCUUCAGGAGCGGCGGACACCUCUCGGGGAGCUCAACUGGAUCUUCACCGCCAUCACGGACACCAUUGCGUGGACUUCUUUAUCUCGAGACACCUUCCGCAAGUUCUUCAGACAAGACCUAAUGGUGGCUGCUCUGUUUCGGAAUUUCAUUCUAGCGCAGAGGAUCAUGACCGUCUAUGGAUGUCAUUCUCAGUCGUCCCCAGAGUUGCCGGAUACACACCAGCAUCCCUUAUGGGAGAGCUGGGAUCUCGCAGUCGAUCUAGCCUUGGCGCAGCUUCCCAUGUUGGAACGUAAAGAAAACGAGGGCAUCGAAUACGAAUAUCAGAGUUCUACCUUCUUUACGGAGCAGUUGACCGCCUUUGAAGUCUACCUCGCUCGAGGCGGCGCCAUGCGCCAAAAACCACCCGAGCAGCUUCCUGUUGUUCUCCAGGUGUUGCUAAGCCAGCAACACAGAGUCCGUGCCCUCAUCUUACUCGGCAGAUUCCUUGAUCUGGGGCCUUGGGCAGUCCAGCUCGCUCUGAGCAUCGGUAUCUUCCCCUAUGUACUCAAGCUUCUGCAGUCGGCAGCCGCGGAAUUGAAACCUGUUAUGGUCUUCAUCUGGACUCGAGUCCUUGCCGUGGACAUCUCCUGCCAGCCUGACUUGAUCAAGGACAGCGGCUACCAAUACUUCGCUUCCAUACUCAAACCAUCUGAGGGUCUCCCAGUCGCCAACACUGAUGAACACAAAGCGAUGUGUGCUUUCGUGCUUUCGAUGCUCUGCAAAGGUUACAGGCCUGGACAAAGCGUUUGCAACACGUCAGACAUAAUGUCAUACUGUCUAGUACACCUCAAGAACGAGGAGAACGUGCUUCUUCGUCAGUGGGCCUGCCUCUGUAUCAGUCAGUUGUGGCAUGAUCUCAUCGAUGCCAAGUGGAGAGGUAUCAGGGAAAACGCGCCUAUGAAGCUGUCUGCCCUCACCAAAGACCCGUGUUGCGAAGUACGAGCUGCAGUCAUUCAUGCUAUGACGACCUUCCUUGGUAUUCCGGACCUGACCGAUGAAGUGGCACGGAUCGAGGAAUCUAUCGCCUGGACGUUGCUUGACAUGGCAAAUGAUGGGAGCCCCCUGGUCCGCAAAGAAUUGCUUGUGUUCCUGUCUCAUUUCGUCCUUCGCUACGAGAACAAGUUCAUUGUGGCUGCCUUCGAGCAAUUGGUGGAAGAGAAGGAAUAUGCUCUCCACCCACCCCAGGACGAUGGCCUGGACCAGAAAUUGGGUCUACACUAUGCGCGCCCCGAGAAUCGCAAUGCAGAUGGUACAAUCAAAGCGACAGCCCAGGGAUUGUCCUUCAACACUGUAUUUGCUGCAUGUUGGAAGCACAUCUUGAUACUCAACGUUGACCCCCACCCCGAAGUCCAGCGAGACGCAACGAUUAUUGUUGACCAUGUUCACCGCGCGCUGCUGACGUCGUCUGCUGGUGUUCAGGCUCAGAGUCUGGUGGAGGACGUCCAUAAGCGUGCGCGAAGGUCUCGCGGUCAUGGAAAACAAGCUUCGACUUCGCGGAAUAGCAUUAUUGGUUCUGCAUCUUCUGACAUUGCGCCACCAGAGCCGUCCCCUGGCUUGUUGAAGCGGACUGCCAGUGUCCUGUUCCAGCUUCCCAAAAUGUGGGGAGGUGAGGACAGCCAAAUGCCAUCUCCCGAACUUACCCGGAACGCCCCCCAGAAGCCACGGUACCCUGCGGAACGGAGUGCGCCGCCUGAGCAGAACGAUCAGGCCAAGGUGCCGGCUCAUUACAACAUCACCGACGAGCCUGUAUCUGGUGGCUUCCGUGGCCGCAAUCUUCGCGAACCGCCUUCGUUACCCCUCGUCAGCACUUUCUUGGACUGGUCGAUUGAGUACUUCCGUGAACCUCAGAUGAAGCCUAGUGAGGCUGAGGAACCGGGCAGCACAGAGUAUAACGAGCGCCUCUGGAGAAGAUCCCGCAACGAAAACAUACUUCGAGAAACACAACCUCAGAAGCAGUUUGCUGGGAGCCACAGGUGGAACAAUCAGCUCUGCAUCAUGAAUAAUGGUGCCCAGCCGGCCAAAAUGACUUUCCAUCAGUUCGAAGAUCAUCUUGCGGUCGCAGACGACGGCAACACUGUUCACAUCUGGGACUGGAAGAAACAGAGUCGGUUGAGCCGCUUCUCUAACGGCAAUCCUGAGGGAUCAAAGAUCAGCGAUAUGAAGUUUAUCAACGAAGAUGAUACCGCGUUCUUAAUGACAGGUUCCUCUGACGGAGUACUGCGAGUAUAUCGGAACUACGACUCCUCCAAGACGACCGAGCUCGCAGCCGCGUGGAGGGCGUUGACUCAGAUGGUCCCGAGUAAUGUCAACUCCGGGAUGGUAUUUGACUGGCAGCAGGUGACCGGCAAGGUGCUUGUCGCUGGCGAUGUUCGAGUCAUUCGGGUCUGGGCCGCUGCAUACGAAACAUGCGUGAUGGACAUACCCGCACGGUCUGGGUCUUGUGUGACCUCUUUGACGUCCGAUCAGAUGACCGGUAACAUCUUCGUUGCUGGUUUCGGGGAUGGUGCCGUUAGGGUCUUCGAUACGCGCCUUCGACCUCAGGAAUCCAUGGUGAAGAAGUGGAGGAACGAUUCCGACAGGCAGUGGAUCAGGAGCGUACACAUGCAGCGCGGUGGCCAACGCGAACUACUCUCGGCGAGCCGCAACGGAAUGGUCAAGUUAUGGGAUAUCCGAAUGGACAACCCUCUCCGUGUGAUCCAAGCCUCACGGGAUACGCUAAGAACCGCAAGCACCCACGAGCACCUGCCGGUGUUCUCAGUCGGAACCUCGGCACACACGGUCAAGGUGUUCAACUUUGAUGGCAAUGAGCUGUCCCGAAUGGAGCCGUACUCGAACUUCCUGCAGCAGAGCCGUGGCACACCCAUCGCUGCCACAGCCUUCCACCCGCACCGCAUGAUCUUGGGCUGCGCGGCACGCGGCGAUCAGUACAUUAACCUCUUUACCUGCGCAAGCGAAAAACCCGCAGCCUACCUCGACUCGCUCUCCUAA